UCCCCUAUUAUCACACACCAAAUCAAGAAAGACUCUUCUUUUUAUCUCCACACAAAACCCCUUCACCUCUCUCUCAACUCCAUCUCCAUGCAAUGCAAUUGCAACCCUCUCUCUCAAUAAUCACUCUCUCUCAAAAUGCCAACAAAAUUACACAUCCUCCUCCUAUUCUUGAUCCCUACAUCACUUCUUGCAAUCUCUUCCCUACACAUGCUAAGAUCAAACACCCUUCCUCCUUUCCCUAGCACACCUUCACAUCACACAACCAAAUGCAACAACAAAAUCCUCAAGGUCUUCAUGUACAAUCUCCCCCCUGUCUUCCACUUCGGCCUAUUGGGAUGGAAAGGCGCCGCCUGGCCCGACCUCCGCCACCACAUUCCCCAAUACCCCGGGGGCCUCAAUCUUCAGCACAGCAUCGAAUACUGGCUCACUCUCGACAUCUUGAACUCCCACUUCUCCAACAAUCUCACCAGCCGCUCUGCUCUCCGAGUCCACGAUUCGCGUGAGGCCGAUGUCGUCUUCGUCCCCUUUUUCGCCUCCAUUAGCUACAACCGUUUCGGCAAGAGCCACCACAAGCGGGGCAAGAAGAGCGCCGAUGAUAUGUUGCAGGAGAAGUUGGUGCAGUUUUUGGUGGCUCAGGAGGAGUGGAAGAGGUCUGGUGGGAGAGAUCAUAUUAUCGUUGCUCAUCAUCCAAAUAGUUUGUUGUAUGCAAGAAUGAAGCUGUGGCCUGCCCUCUUCAUUCUCGCAGAUCUCGGGAGGUAUCCCUCCACCGUUGCUAAUCUUAACAAAGACGUUAUCGCGCCUUAUAACCACUUGAUUCAGCCCUUCGCCAACGACCACUCUGGCUUCCACGCCCGCCCCACGCUGCUCUAUUUUCAAGGAGCUGUCUACAGGAAAGAUGGUGGCACCAUUAGGCAAGAGCUGUUUUACAUGUUGAGAGAUGAAAAAGAUGUGCAUUUCACUUUUGGAAGUAUUAAAGGAGAUGGGAUUAACCAGGCUUCAAUAGGGAUGCACGCCUCCAAAUUCUGCCUCAACAUUGCUGGCGACACACCCUCGUCCAACCGCCUCUUCGACGCCAUCGCCAGCCACUGCGUACCUGUGAUCAUAAGCGACGACAUUGAGCUGCCAUUUGAGGACAUUCUUGAUUACUCAGAGUUCUGUGUGUUUGUCUCCACCGCAGAUGCUUUGAAAGACGGAUUUCUAAUCGAUUUUAUUAGAAGCAUUGGCAAACAGGAGUGGACUAGGAUGUGGACAGCGCUUAAACAAGUGGAGCAUCACUUCCGGUUUCAGUAUCCGUCACGGGAGAAGGAUGCAGUUCAGAUGAUAUGGCAGGCAAUCUCAAGAAAGAUUCCAGCAAGCAAGAGGAGGAUUAACCGGGCGACCCGGCUUUCUCGAACGCCAGUUGCUGGAGAGAGGAUGUCCAUUGCAGGCUCUCUGCCGAGGAAUUUUUGGUGACACCUUAGCAAAACAGGGCAGCUAUAUAGUAGGUGCCUGAGUUUACUAACUAGAUGAUAACACAAAUAUCCAUAGUGUUCAAACUUCAAACCAUUCAUUUCAA